AUGUCCUUCCGUGGGGGCCGCGGAGGAUUCGGUGGUAGAGGAGGGUUAAAGGGUGCCACAUGGGAGCAGGAUGAAGGCCUCGAAGCUGAGGCGCGCAAGAUACGACAGAACAAAGGCGUCAAGAUUGGCUUGUUCCCAGAGCAUCCUACCGGCGCCAAUGUCAAGAAGCCCAAACCCCUUACCGCGAGAGAGAAAUGCCAGAUACGGCAUCUGAAGACUCUCCAAGAGCAAAUCCAUCGCGGACCUCUCUACAGCCAACCUACCAAACGAAAUGUCGAUAAUCCAAUCAAGAUCUUUGGCGAAGAUCAAUUCAAUGCGCAGUAUGGGAGCGACAAGAAGGCGACUAUGGAUCCUUUCACUGAAGGUGUAGAGACGUAUUCCGAUAGAUAUGCGCCUCCGAAGAAUCUGGUCCCAAAGCUUUCCGGCCGUCCUUUCAACAACCGACUCUUUCCAGAAGAACUCUGGUCUACACUCAAUGGCGAAGAAGAAAACGUCAAACGGCAGAAAACACUUACCCUAAACGGCGCAAGAAGUCGCCAGAAGCUUAAGGACCCUGCCUCGAAAAAGACCGACAUUCUAGCACGAAUUGAUGCUAUGACUGCUGGCGAGGAGGACCUGGAGGAAUUGGACGAAGAUGAGCAGGAAGAGGAACCUGUAGACGAUGACUUCGACGACGACGAGUUGGGCGAUGACUAUAAUGCCGAGCAGUACUUUGACAACGGGGACGACGGCGAUGAUGGUGACGCUGGUGGGGAAGAAGAUUAUUGA